CGGAGGGGCCGCUGCGUUCCACGGUUGCUACGCGACCCCGGCCGGGGCGUUCCAGAGUCGCUCCGAAGCGCCUGGCCGGGUCCGGUCCCUGCGGAGCCGCUUGCCCCGGAGCCAGCCCCCCUGCCCGGCAGGACCAGGCAGCGUGACCGACAUGGAGCUGGAAGGGGGCCGAGCCACCCUGGAGGAGGAGGAGGAGGAUGGCACCAAAUCCGAUCUGGAGACAGCGGAGCCGCCGUCCUGUCCUGAGACUGCAGGCGCCCGGGCAAAGGACCAAUGCGAUUCCCUACUGGACUCCAUCGACGCUCAGCUCAGCCAGCUGCUGGGCCCUGGUGCAGGAGUCGCAGGUGGUCGCAUGAAUGGAGACACCUCCUUGGAAUGCUCCCCCAAGGCCUCCUGGACAGCAGAGAUGGAAGGAUGCUGUGCAAACCAGGACGGCACCUCCUGGGGCGAAGCCGGCCCCUCUCGGAAGGAGGAGUAUGGCUGGAGGCUGAUGCAUCUCCUUGGCUCCGAGCAAGCCCCGGAGACCCUGGGGGACCAGAGUGACUCGAAUUCCAUCUGCACGGAGGACUUUGCUGCCAGGUUUCGGGAAGGCAUGGUCGACCCCCUGGUGAAUUCCGAUGAGGAAGGGGAUGUGCCAGCUGGGGGUUUCCCAGCCGGAGACCCUGCUGAGGAAGGGCGCGUCACGGGAAUCAAAGCCAGGCCCGCUGGUCUCUGCCCCGCCGUGGAGGCGUGUGGGGCUGCUGCAGAGGAGGCAGCGAGGAGGCAGCACAUCCUGCAGCGGUUUGAGGAGGGGCUAGAAGGGGACUCAGCCCUGGCUUUGUCCAGCAGCGUGGAAGGGCCCCAGUCCCCGAGCUCUAGGACCAGGAGAGAGAGCCUGGAGUCUCUGGGGGGCAGGAUAUCCAGGCUGAGCCGGGGCAACACCAUGGACACCCCAAGCAGCACAGACACGGGAAAAGCCAGCGCCAUGGGAAGCCGGGCUCCCGGACUAGCUCUGCCUGAGCGGGUGGAGACCUCGGAGGAAAGCGUUCCUUGGCCCCUGGAGGGCUCUUCCAGAUGGGGCCAGAACUCCUGGGAAGACUCCCUACCUUUCAGCAGCCCAUUGCUCGUGGAGGAGCUGGGUCCCAGCCAGCCCCUCAGAGCUCUGGGUGCUGGUGCUGGCACAAGAGCCUGGGCCAGAGAGUCCCAGCCUGUGAGGACAGCUCCGAGUCCGUCCGGGAGGAGACAAACUGCAUACGGGCACGUCUGGUCCCACAGUCCCUCUCACUCCACUCCCACAGCAGCCCAUGGCAGCCCUUCCCUGGCCUCCAAAGGGGAGAAGAGCCCCCGGCUAAUGGCAUCCCCCUGCCCCGACCAAGGGCUGCCCCCGGAGAAGCUGGGAGAUCAGGGCUCAGCUUUGCAAGGGUUUGGUGCCACAACACAGCUGGCUAGUAGCCCUGAAAGCGCCCAGCCACCCCCAGCUGUGGUUAGCGAUGGCUGCGUGGUGACGCAGGGCGGGGUUGGUCCAGGAGAUCCUGAGAGGGAGGCCCCAGAGCUGCUGCAACAGGGGUCGGUGAUUCCCCGGGGACUGUCUGGAAGGGGCGUCACUCAUGCUGCGGCUAGCGGAGGCGAGGAGGGAAUCUGGUGGAGCUGGGAGCUGCAGCCUGGGCCAGCGGAGAAGGGAGCUCACGGCCUGACACUGUGUCCUGACCCAGAGGCGGGCGUCUCCGAGAGUCGUGAGAGGCAGAGCAGCCUGAGCCCUGCUCGGGACGAGGUCUAUCCGGGGCCCUGCAAGUACAAGCAUGUGGCUGGGGUCCCCGUCACCAGUUUCGACACAGUCACCAUCGACAGUGACCUGGACUCGGUGAGGACGGAGACAGUCCAGCUUCACCUCCGCAAGGCCAUCGGCCGCCGGAGAGCUCCAGGCCGCAGCACCAAGGGGCCCCGCUGCCCACGGAGAGACUCGUUGGGGUGCCUGGGCUCCAGCAGUGCAGUCACUGACGAAGAGGAGGAGGAGGAGGAGUUCCUGUGGUCUCGUGGCAGCGCCGCCUGGAGGAGCAGCAGCCCUGCGAGGUGGAGCCCAAUGCCAAGCAGGGCAGAGUCCAGCUGGGAGGGUACCAGGAAGGAAGCCUGCACGGAGCACCAGGACCUGGGCGCUGAAGAGGAGAGGCUGUUGCAGAGGAAAUCCCAGCUACACGAGGCUGACUUGUCCCUGAGUGACAUCCUGGGUCAGAAAAAGCGCGCGGUCCAGGAGCUGGAGUCACUGCGUGGGGCCCUGGAGAGGAGCCAGAAGGAGGCGGAGACGCUGGAGUCCUGCCUGAAGGAGACUCGGAGCAAAGCGGAUGAAGCCAGGGCAGACCUGCUGCUGCUGCAGUACAGACGGGACUCGUGCCUGCGGGAGCUGCCCGAGCUGGAGAAGGAGCUGAGUGUGCUGAGACAGCAGCGCUCCACCAUGCACAGCACCCAGCUGGGGGCCUUCCAGGCUGAGGUCUCCUCACUAGCGGCCGAGCGGGAGGAGCUGAAGGCCCGUGUGCGUCACCUGGAGGGCAGCUUGUCCUUCCUGGAGCGCCAGCUGAGCUGCUGCAAGGCAGAGUUGUUCUCUGAGCAGCGGGCAGCCAGAGCCAGGAUCGAGGAGCUGCAGGAGUGCCUGGAGGAAGCUCAGAACAAGCUGGAGGAGAGGACGGCAGAGGGGACGGAGCUGCAGGAGGAGACCACGCGACUGAGACUGCAGCUCAGGGAGCUGGAGAGGAAGCAGGCAGCAGCUCUGAGUGGGCAGAUCCGACACCUCCGAGUGCGGGAGACGGAGCAGGAGCUGAGACGCUCUGCUCUGGAGCAGAUCCUGUCGGAGAAGGAGCUGGAGCUGGUGAGGCUGCGAGAGGUCGUCUGUGCCCUGACGGCUGAGAAGGAAGCGCAGCAACGUGCUAUGGAGAACCUGAGAGAGGAACAUGCCAGGCAGCUGGGGAAGAUGCAGCAGGAGAAGGAGCUGGAGUGGGCCCAGCAGAGGGAGGAGCUGCAGUGUCUGAAGCAGCAGGAGCUCCAGGAGUUCGCAGAGAGUUUGGAGCAGGUGAAGGCCAGGGCCCUCCAGGAUCAAGCCGCCUCCUUCCAGAAGGAAGUGGAGAAUCUCACCAGGGUGAUCGAGGCCCGAGAUGAAGAGAUUCGGAGGCAGCGGGAGACCAUGCAGCAACAGAAGGAGUCUACACAGCAGCUGGUCAGAGAGCUGAAGCAGGAAGCCAAGGAGAUGGUUCAGAGUGCUCUGCUUCAAGAGCAAAGGAAGUGGGAGGCUGAGAAGAGGGAAGUGCUCCAGGUGCAGUGUAGGACGCUGGAAGAGCAGAGCCAGAGAGCGCAUGCGGAGGCCCUGGACAAAGAGAGGAGGACGGUGUCAGUUUUGCAGAAUAAAACCCUGGAGUACCAGCAGAGAAUUCAGGAGCUGGAGCUCCACGGCCGCUCGCUCCAGCAGGAGAAGCAGGAGGCGCUGGAAGAGCUGCGGACAUUGCUGCAGGAGGAGAAGACGGAGGCACUAAGGAGACUGCGCGAGGAGCUGGAGCAGGAGAGGGCUCGUGAGAGUGAUCGGCUGAGAGUGAGGCUGCAGCAGCUGGAGGAGGAGCAGAGCCACUUGCGGGCUGAGCAGAACGAAAUGUCCUCCCGGGAGCGGGAGGCGCAGUCCCAAGCUGAGCGGGCUGAGCGCUCCCUGGCCAGGGAGAUUGGCUUGGCCUGCCAACGCCUCCAGGACCUGCUUCCCGAGAGAGGCAGGGGGCUGAUGGCUCAUGGGAGCCCAUCUCCCCUCUCGGCCAGCCACGCACUCCAGCUCCUGCAUGCAGUGACCGAGGAGACCCAGCGCUACCUCGGAGCCUUGCAGCAGGAGCUGGAAGCUCAGAACCGCACCGUGCUUCACUUCCAGGAGGAGAAGGAGUGGGAGCUGAGGCGGCAGCGAGAGCAGCUUCACUUGGAGAGCAAGGAAGCCCUGGAGGCCCUGAAGGAGCAGCUGGUCCAAGAGCACCUCCAGGAGAUGGCCAGCCUGCAGCGCAGCCAGCUGAAGGAGGCCGGGGACGGGGAGCAGCAGAUGCUGCGCCAGCAGCUGCGGGAGAAGGACCAUGAGCUGCGGGCCAUCCAGAGGAGCAUGGCCCACUGGAAAGACCAGACCACCUGCAAGCUGGCCCGCAAGUUUGAGGAGGAGCUGAAUGCGGCGCUGGAGACGCGCUUCUCCUGGGACAGACCCAGGAGCCUUCGCAGGAGUGUGGAGAGACUGGACGCAGAAAUCGGGCGGCUUUCCACGGACCGGAGCGAGCACACCCACCUCUGCCCCACCGCCUCCGCCCCACUCGGGCAGCACGGCUUUGUGUCCUCAAAGCUCCUGCGCCAGCUGCAGGGCCGCGUGAGGCAGCUGCGGGCAGAGAACGCCCUCUACCGGGGGGGCAGCCUGGAGGACCUCGCCGCCCUGCGGGCAGAGCCAGGCCAGACGGGCAGAGAAAAGAGGCGCCUGACAGCAGCUCUCUCUGGCCCACAGUUCCAUGGGGCGAGCUGUAGGAAGUAGCGUGUGCGCUGCUGGGGAACACGAAGCUGAGCAGGUGGCAGAGUCGUCGUCUGUGGACAGGCAGUGGGUGGCAGAGGCCUGGCUAUGGCAGGGGUGGAGUCACUCUCGACUUCGGGGGUAUCCAGCGGCGCAUUCGCUGCUCCCGGGAGUCAGGAAAGAAGCCGAUCACAUGAGCUUGAGAAGGACCCAGGACGCUCUCCGCUGAGCAGCUUGUGUGGAAGCGUCCCCGUCACGAACCCUUGGCUGCUGUUCAUGCUCCUGGGCUCAGUUUCCGGCUUGGUGAAGCAAGGCCCUUGUUCCCUGCCGAUCAGACCCCUUGCAGUCGGUGGGGGGAGACGGGAGUGAUCGGUCGGGGGGGGAUCUAGGGCUGGGGCCAGUCCAAAGAGCAAGUCCAGGCAAACACUGGAGCCCAAGUGGAAGAGUCUCCGGUCAAAUAUUCCAGACGCACAUGCCUGCCCCUCACAAGAGGGCUGGGCUCAGCUCUGGCUGGUUGGGCAGCAGGAGCUGAAGCUGGCUCAGGAUUCUGCAGCUUGUUUUUGUUGCUGGUUGCUGGCUGUCUGGGUCCCCCCACCCCACCUCCAAGUAGCAGCAGAGCCAUCUUUGCAACUCCUCCGUGCGGUGCUUUGCCGGCUUGCAAAACGCAACUGGGGCAGGUCUGUGUCAGAGCAGCCUAGACGUCAGGGCUGAGGCCUGCAGCGGAGCCAGUCUCUGGGCAGGCUAAUGAGCGCAGCUGGCCUACAGUAGGCUGCCUGAUUGGCUGCAGCCCCUGAUUGAUGGGCAGCGGCAGCAGGCCGGCGGUUAAGCCCAGCAGCAGUGGCGUUUGGGAGUUGGUCAAAGCAUUUGCCCACGGCUGUGAUAGCUCCUGUACCUGCUUGUAUCCAGUCCUACUUGUGCCUUGCCUCAGUCCAGGUAAUCCAGCGCUGCCCCUCAGCUCUGAGUUCUAAUGCCAGCUCUUCCCCAGGCUCCUAUUCGUGGCUACUGACUCCUGUUCCAACCACUAGGCAUGACUGCCCACCGCCCCAUCUCUGAGCCUGGGCAGAGGGUGAGUUCCAGGGGCAGUCAGCCCUGUGAAAUGGUCCCGAUAAGUUUGCUCGCUCCACUGCAGCAGUCUUUGUAGAUGUGCUGCUACAGUCUAGCUUCAUUCCCUACACUGGCAUAUUGUGUUUAAAUGCCGAUGGGGAUGCUAAAGUGGAUGUUGAUCAGUUUUUUUUGCUGCAGACUUUGGCCUCCUCAGGGAGAACGACAUUUUUAGUGCACCCUGAAGACUAGCCGGCAGAGCACACCCUGUGCCUUGCAAGCCAUGGGUAACCCACUAGUCCUAGCCCCGCCAUAUUGUGGCAUUAAAUACCGUACCAGCACAAUCAAGCCAUCUGUACCUCUUAUUACAUGCAGGGUGUUUCCAACUGCUGUCCACUCCAAUGGACCAGUGUGGUGCAACCAUGGCUGCAGAUACUUUGUAUAUAAAUACAAUACGCACGCUCGGAGCACCUGGUUUUAUAUGUAUGGGGGAGAGGGGGGUUGGGGGAUGUUUUAAGAGAAGCGUGUCAAGCAGGCCCCUCAGGGCCGUGUUUGGAGCCAGGCUAAAACUGCAGUAGCAGGGUGAUAGUGGGGGAAGAAACCAUAAAACAAGGGGACCCACAAAUACUGGAGCUGUGUGACACCUUUGGCCAGAAUAAAUGUUUUAUCCCCCACAAAAUGCCUCCGAGUUGCAUCAGUUUCUAGUCACAUCUAAUAACAUGCACAGUUCUGCAGGAGGCAAAUUGACCUCAUUGGUGUCAGACUGUAGGAGGUGACCAGGGAGACUUGUUCCAAAAUAAUCUGCUUGCAAUAGCGUCAGCAGCAGAGAGACCCUACCAAGGGGCGGUAGGACUGGAGCAGAGCCGUUUUCCGUGAUGCUAAGAGCUCCGGUCUAGAUCCACAGAGGGACGCCUGAGAUCCUCAACCCCCCUGCUCAGCUUCUACCUAAUCCUGUAGUUGGCAAGUUUCCCCAGGCGCCUGUGUGUCUAGUGGUGCACGUGCCCAGAGCCGCCAAUGGCCUGACACCGCUGCGCAUUGGGAUGCCCAUGUUCCUUUGUGGAGCUAGUCCUCAGCACCCAACACGCACCUGCUGUGCGGAGCAAUGCUGAAAAUGCCAGGCUUAAUCCCCGGAGACGGGUGUGGGGCCAGGAGGUUGGGAAGUUGGUCAGGAGAAAAGGAUGUGAAUGGGUCUGCGAUAGGUGACAGAGCAAGAGGCUGCGGUGACUG